ACCGCGCGUCUCUUGCCCGAAGGACGGCCGACCGGGAGUUCCACUUUGGAGCGGUUGUUCUUCAUUGCUGUAGGCCCAUGAGAGGGGCAAACCAGUCGAGUGUGUGCGAGUUCCUCCUCCUGGGGCUCUCCCAGCAGCCCUGGCAGCAGCAGCAGCUCCUCUUCCUGCUCUUCCUGGGCAUGUACCUGGCCACGGUCCUGGGAAACCUGCUCAUCCUCCUGGCCAUCAGCCUGAACGCCCGCCUGCACCGCCCCAUGUACUUCUUCCUCAGCAACCUGUCCUUCGUGGACAUGUGCUUCUCCUCCACCACGGUCCCCAAGAUGCUGGCCAACCACGUCCUCGGACGUCACACCAUCUCCUUCUCCGGGUGUCUCACCCAGAUGUAUUUUCUCUUCACGUUCGUGGACAUGGACACUUUCCUCCUGGCUGUGAUGGCCUAUGACCGCUUUGUGGCUGUGUGUCGCCCCCUGCACUACUCCGCCAAGAUGACCCACCCGCUCUGUGUCCUGCUGGUCACGGGGUCAUGGGUCAUUGCCAACUCGAAUGUUUUGUUGCAUACCCUGCUGAUGGCUCGGCUCUCGUUCUGUGGGGACAAUGCCAUCCGCCACUUCUUCUGUGAUGUGAGCCCCCUCCUGAAACUGUCCUGCUCGGACACAUACCUCAAUGAGGUGAUGAUUCAGACGGAGGGGGCCCUGGUCACGAUCACCCCCUUUGUCUGCAUCCUGGUGUCGUACAUCCUCAUCACCCGCGCUGUGCUGAGCGUCUCCUCGGCCAGGGGCAGAUGGAAAGUCUUCUCCACCUGUGGCUCCCACCUGGCUGUGGUUUCCCUCUUCUGUGGCACCAUCAUUGCUGUGUAUUUCAGCCCUUUUUCUUCCCACUCAGCUGAGACAGACAUAGCCGCUGCUGUGAUGUUCACAGUGGUGACCCCCAUGCUCAACCCCUUCAUCUACAGCCUGAGGAACCAGGACAUAAAAGGGGCUCUUCGAAAAGUGGUUGCUAUGACAUUUUCCUCUCCUCUGUAAUCCGUUGGGCCAACCAAAUCACGGAGGGAAUUGAUUUCUAAGAAAACCAUGUUUGUUUUUCUGAUUAUGUGAAAGGUUAAUUAGCAUUUGUCUUUUUGUAAGAGAAUCAUCUGUUGUCUAUCUUGGGAGAAGAAACCUUGAUUUGUCAGCUUCUUCAGGUUAAAGAUUUCAGAAAGAGAUAUCCUUGUACCAAAUAAGUUGACGCUUCCACCUGGCAAUGCCCUCCAGCUAAACCCCACUCGGGACCAAAUCUUGUUCAGUAAGUUGAGUUUAUCACUCCUUGUCCCAAGGGAGAACACUUAGCAUGGGGGAGAAGUGAGACACCUUAGUAGGAACAUGCUAGAAGGAACUUACUGAAAGACUUGGGCCUAGCAGAGCUUUCUUUCCUGCCCGCUUGUGUUUCUCACAGGCGUCCUGUCCUAAUAAACCUAUUUCUUGCCUCGCACUUUGUCUGUCACUGAAUUCCUUCUGUGUGGAGACAUGAAGAACCUGAACCUCAGUGAGUCCAGACACAGGCCUUUGCAGGCGCUGACGCUUUACUCCCAGCUUGCAUCCAGACCAACUCCUAUGUGUCAUGGACACUGUGGGGGACACCUCCUGUCGAUGAUUUCUCGGGCACUAACAGCUGGUUGGGAGACUACCUUGGGAGGGAUAACAUCUAACAUAGAUCAUGCCGUGACCAGCCACCCAGUUCUCAUCACCCCUAGCCAGCAGGAAGUAUCUCCGGAAGAGGGGACCACCCUCCAUGUCCCAUAUACGUAAAGGCUGGAAUGAUAGGCUCUCAGGAGGACAGAGACCGACCCCCACCCCACCCCCGAAAUGUGGCUGUCGACCUUGGAGAACUGCAGUGGACACCCUCUCCUGGAAUGGGGAUGCUCAAGUUGGGCGGCAAGAAAUGGUGGCCUGCAGAAAAGAACUGCCUCCUUAGAUGAACCGCCUUCAAGAACUAACUGCCCUCUGUCAUGGGACUCAACCCCAGUGCUUCCCUUGAGCUUCCCUCCUCUUUCGUCAUUGUUCCUGCCACAAGUUCCCGCCAAGAACUCCAGCCACAGAUUCCCACCACCGAUCCUUUGUAAGCCUAGCACCUCUUCACAGUAAAGGCUGGCAGCAUCUUGAGCUCAGCCUGACCCCUCAGAUGUCUUAAUAAAGCUCUCUUGAUGUAAAGAAACAAGUGAAAGACUUGGGCUUGCGUCAGGCGGUUUUGGAGGGGAUGCAAGGGAUUGAGUCUUUGCUGUGCCUGAAGAGCUGUAGCAAAGUGGGGAUAAGUGUGUCUGGAGAUGGUGAUAUCUUUUAUCUAAGAGGGAGGAAGCCUAGACGGAGGUCAAAGCCAUGAUUGCAGAGAAGUGUCCGUCCCUCACAUCAGCCAGCCUAGGGGGCGUUUGCUCGUUCUGGUGGCUUGGACAGCGUUCAGGUUUCAGGUGCACGUGAUUACGGAGUGGUCUUGUUUUGUCCUGCUCCAUGAACAGUCACAGAGUGGCCUCGUGUGACGUUAACAUUCUGUGCAACUCUCUGUGUUCGUCCUCGCUGUGAGGGCGAGACGGGUCCUGGUCAUCAGGGCUGACUGCCUGUUCUGACAACAGAGACGGAGAGAUGCAGGCACCUCUGGUGGGAGGGUCAGACUGUUGUGGGGCAGGAUGGAGAGGGUUCCUUUAGGGCUCUAGGGAGCCCGAAUCCUGCCACGUGUUCAAGCUACUCAUUUUUUAUCUUCCUGUCUGAAUGUACGGUAUUGUAUAAUGUUAUAAUGGGAACAUGGGUGUGUUAAACAAGAAACAAUAUCAUCCCAAAUCCUCAGUGUCCAGUCACAUUAAUCAACUGCAUCUUUUUCUUCAUCUUCUGUUCCAUUUAUGUCACUGCACUGUGAUU